AUGUCAACGUUUUUUGGACUUAUCGAAGAAAUACCAGGCAUCUCAGUGGAUCGUUUUGAUGGAGAAAAUUUAAACUCUUCUGCAUAUUUUCUUAGUCAUUGCCACACCGAUCAUAUGCAAGGCAUAAAUUAUCAAUUUUUCAAACAUUUGCAGCAAUAUAAUAAAUAUCUUUAUUGUAGUCGUAUUAGUAAACUUUUCUUAAAAGCUAAAGAUUAUUACAUAGAAAGCUGUGUAAAAGAUCUUUCUCUUAAUAUAAAAGUCUGUAUAGAAUAUAAAAACAAAGAUAAUGAUAAAAAUAUUCUUUUUGUAACAUGUAUUUCUGCUGGGCAUUGUCCUGGUUCUGUGAUGUUUCUCUUUGAGACUGAUAAAUUAGUAUUAUACACUGGAGAUUUCAGAAUUAAUCCAGAAGAUUAUAAAAAAAUAGCAUCAUUGCAUUCAUACGAAAAUUACAAUGUGCAUCCAAAAAAACUAGCAAAGAUGUAUUUAGAUACAACAUUCUUGGAUUCUAAUUUUCGCUCUUUCCCAACAAGAAAAGAAAGUAUUAAAAAGAUUUGUAUAGAAAUCGAAAAAUGGCUAAAGAAAAGUCCAAGAAAUGUUGUUGUUUUGGAAUGUUCCGCUUUGUAUGGUUCCGAGUUCCUCUAUGUGGAAUUAUCAAGAAUGUUUAAUACAUGUAUUCAUGUUAAGGAUUACGUGUAUGAAAGCUAUUAUUGUAUCGCAGAUAUAGCAGAUUCUAUUACAAAUAAUCCACAGGCUACACGUAUACAUGCAUGUAUGAAUAAGCUCGAUCGUUCAGGUUUGAAAUGUUGUAGUAACAUCUUAGAAAGAGACAUCUUAACUAUUAUACCAUCUGCACAAAAGUGGAAGGGAAAAGAAACAAAUAUAAUUGGGGAAUGGGAUAAUACUAGGGAAAGGACAUUUAAUGUAUGUUAUUCUACACAUGCAUCUUUUGAAGAACUUAAGAGGUUUAUACAAUAUUUCAACCCAGAAGAAAUAUAUCCCUGUGUUUGUUCAGAAGAACAGAAAUCUAUGAUAUAUUAUCAGUUACAUAAGAUUAAAAGAGAGAUAAAAGAGAACGAUACAAUUAAUAAUCAUAAGAAAUAUACAUUACAAGUCCUUAGGAAUAUCUGA